GCCAGGCGCUGCGUUUUACUCGAUUUUCAAAGAAUUGUAAGUUUCGAGUACACCAACAACAGGCGGCGCAGAUCGCAAUAAAUUUACUUUCGUGUACGGCUGUGCUGUUGCAAAUGCGAAAAACUGAAACUAUGAGUUCGCUUAUUUGCGAAGAAAUGAAAGUGACGGCUAUGCCCGUUUAGUUUCAUUUUGUUGCGUGUAUGUGUAGUAAACGAUGUAACACAGUGUGACUGAUGGAAGUGGGGGUAUUGAGUCUCUGCAUUUUUGAUGUGCUUCUAAAAACAAAUUCACGUUAAAAGAAACUUGCAGCCUCUUAUUGUUGAUUAUUGACUGUUAUUCUUUUAAAUUUUCUGCAUGACAUGUCUAAACGUCAAUAAGUAAUUGUAUUAUGAAUCGUACCGAUGUUUCGAUUAUAUUAAAUAUUAUGUUACAACACGUGUACGAUUAUUGCUGACUGUUUAAUAAGAUUAUUUUUAAUGAAAAUUAUGGCUCAUUCUACACAGGACACGAAUAUAAGCAGUUCUUUUACCUUGAUUGACAAUUUAUUAAACAAUAAUUCAUUGACUAAUAAAUAUUAUCAUUCUAAUAUAUCAUGAGAGUUUAGAAAAAGAAAUAAUAAUGGAUGAAAAGGAUGAGAUAGAUUUAAUAUGGAUAUGCAAUAGUCCUAUUAAUGUCUCAAAGAAGUAUGAAAAUCAAGAACAUGAGGAUAAUAGCCUCAUUGAUGUUAAAUCAUCUGAAAACAUAUUUCCAUGGCUCAGUAAAUUUAAUAAAAUAAUGUGUUCAUCUGUGGGACAUAGAAAUUACCAAUUGUUAAAACAUUUACUUUUCCUUUACACACAAAAUAUUUUAACCAGUAUAAAUACAUAUUGUGAAAAGACACUAGAUAUGAUAAAAUUAAAAACUCAUCUACGUAACACACUAAUAUUUUUUCAUCUUUACUGGAAUGAUAUUAAAGAGCAUGUUAGCGACUGUAACUUAUACUUAAGUGAGAUGUCAGUGAUAUUGGGAAUAUAUAUAGAUAUAGAACUCAAAACUUCUAAACACACUAUGGAUUCUUCUAAACUUGCUUCAAAACUUCUUUCAGCAUUAUGGAUAUAUUUAAGUAAUUCAGAAAAGCAUAUUUUCAGAGUGCUGCUUAAACUAAAGUUUGCUACUAAAAAAUAUGCAAAAGUUUGUGAUCUUAUAUUUAUGAAAAGUUUUGCUAAUUUCACAAAGAAUGUAGAUUCUUUGACAGAUGUAGAUUAUGUCAGGUAUUUGCUUGUUUUAAAAAUAUGGAAAAGGAUAAAAGAAACUGUUGAAGAGAAAAGGCAAUUGAAUAAGAUGGCUCUAACGAUAUUAGGUCCAUGUAUUCCAAAAAUGCGUGACGAAUUAUUAAACAUCAUACCUAAAGCACCCACAGGGCUUGAAAAUGAGACUAUUUGGCUGUUGCAAUCAAAUGCAUUUGACUUAAAAACUGCAUGCAACAAUUUUUUAGUAUUUGAAGAAACAAUGUUUGCUGAAUUUAAAGAAACCCCCUUAACAAGAACUUCUGAGCUGAAUUUCCAACUAUCACAGAAUUUGUCAUAUGAUGUACACAAAUUUUUUGCAAGUUAUGAAUUGAAGAAAAGUCAUACAGGUAACUUAGAAAAUAAUUAUUCUUUUGAAGAGAACAUGAAAAACAGUAAAAUUAGCAAUCAACAACUUUCUCCACCAAGAAAAAGAAACAAAUUUGAGAAGUAUAAAAAAGCAUCGAAAUUAAAACCUGGAGAGGUAAUUUUAAUUAAUUUAGCUGAGGAAGAUGAAUUAGAAAUUGACAAAAAGAAAAGGAAGAAAAGAUGUCAAAAAAAUUUAGAGUGGUUAAAAAUGGCAAAGAAAAAAUAUAAAGUGCAGAAACAAAUUGAUGAAAUAAAAUAUAGAGAUCCAAUAGAAAUUGAAGAUGCUUGUAGUGCAGAUAACUUUAAAAAUUGUUCUAACAGCAUUCUUCUAGGAGAUUUACCAAUUUUAGACAAUAAAGUUAGUGAAAGUACAGCAAGUUGUACUUCAACUGAACAAAAAUCAGUUCAAAAUAAUAUUGAUAAUUUGGAAAAUAUACUUAAUCGUAUAUUCGAUAAGAGAAAUACUGAAUUGAAAUGUAUGUUUCAACAUAGGUGGUGUGAUACAUGUACUUCAUCAAUAAAACAAACUGAUGUGCAAUGCAGUAAAAUUCUAUAUUUACUGAAAUUUCUAAGCACUGUGGGACAAAAUACUAAAGAACCGAAAGCCAUAUUAAAUCUACUGAAAGAUAGUAGGGAUGAAAAUAUGUCUUCUGAACAUAGUUUUUCUUUUAGAAACACGGCUAAUGAAUCUAAUGAAAUAGAUACUCAGGGUAAAGAAUUGUUUUCUCAGCCAAAAAGUUCCAUAAAGACAAUAUUCUUGUCAAGCGAGUGCCAAAAUAAUAUUACAAAUGUACAAUCUAUAAAACAACAAUUGCCUAUAAAUACAGAUUGUAAUGUGAUAGAAGAAAAUACUUAUUGCCAAACUGAAUCUGCUUAUGUACAAAAUGAUGAUCAUUUACAUAAUUUACGAUCUAUGAGUGGUCAUAAUUCGCAAGUGGUAGAAACCAUGAAAAAGAACAUUCAGGAAAUUCAUGAAUGUACAGGAUGUUGUAGGAAGAUUGAGGUAAAACCUUUCUCCUAUUAUAACAAUAGUAUAUUUAAUACAAUAAAGAACGAAGAUGUAACACAUAAUACAAUAGAUAAUAAUACUAUCGAUAAAACAACAAUUUGUGACAAAAAUAUAAUGUGUAUACUAAGUGAUCUUGACAAAUGUAUGGACGUUUUAAAUCGUAUUGGUGAACAUAUUAUGACCAUUUAUGCAGAAAAACAGCGCCUAGAAUGUUUAAACAAAAUGGACAUAUGUACUGUUUCUACUACAGUUUUGGGAAAUCAGUGUGCAGAAUCAUCAUCAUCAUCGUCAUCGUUGUCGUCGUCAUCAUCAGAUUGGAUACAAAAUAUUAAUUCAUUAACAAAUACAGAAAAACUUGGUAAGAUUUUGGAACUAUAUGGAAAAAAGAACUUAUUGAAUGUAUGUAACUGUCAAAAUCUUCAUUUUUUAAAUGAAUUUCAUAAGUCAACCCCUCAAUCAAAAGAAUAUCAUUCUUAUGGAAAAAAUAAUAUUUUUUCUGGAAGCAAACCAUCUUCAAACCUCGUCUGUAAUCAUGUAAAAUCUGAAUUUGAACAACCUAUUAAGAAAGAAAAUGAAAAUCUUGAAAUUCUAAAAAAUAAUAUACAAAGCACAGAUCAACAUAAAAUUAAUGUACUAACAAAUAAUCAAACUUGUGACAUAUCUUUUACACAUAAUCUGGAAAAUACUAAAGAAUCAAAUCAAGAUAUGCAUUGGGAAUCUACGUUGCAAAAUUUGUCACAAGAAGCUAAUUCCAUAGAGGAAUUUGAAAAUAUCACAAUCUUUGAUAGUAUUCUGAAUGGUGAUGAACAAGAAACUAUUGAAGACGAACAAAAAAUUUGGGGAGAUUUAAAAUCACCAUUAAUCUAUGAUAAUUCGGAUAGUGUAUUAAAUAGCAUUACAGAAUUUUUUUCACAGCCUGAACAUUUGCAUACUAAUGAAAUGGAAGAAAAAUACAUAUUGUCAGAUGCAGAGGAUUCUCAAACAUUAUUAUCUGAAGGCAGCCCUGGAAGAACUGGAAUAUUAAAUUUUUUAUUUGAUUUUUAUUUAACAAAUAUGGACUCUCCUUCGAAUAAUUUUAUAUAUUCAAAUAUACAAGCAGUUAAUCCUCGGUUGAUUGAGAAAACUUUUGAAGAAAAAACAGCUGAAAAGAAUAAUUUAGAAAAUACACUUUCACAAGAGGAUAAGGAAUUGUUUAGUAAUAAAAAUAAUUCUAUUAAUAAUAGUGUGGAUAUGAUUGGAUUUGAAUUGAACACAAGUAGAGAAGAAGUGCUUGAAUUUCUUCCAGUAAUUAAAAGUACACCUUCAUUCUCUGGUCAAUCGAUUAAUUUAGUCAAUUCAGAUAGCAUACUUUCUGAAGAGAAAGAAUCGUUUCCUAAAUGCAGUCUUUCUAGUCCUACUGAUAAGUUUAAUGUUGGUAGUCUUAAAGAAACAUUUUAUAUUUUUCAAAAGGAAGAUACUAUUAAUCAAACCCAAUCAUUCAGUGAUAUAAAAAAUGAAGAUUUACCUGAAAUUUGUAUCUCCAACAACAUUCCAUCAGACGAAUCUAUGAAUUAUAUAUUAAAUCAACAAGAGAAUGAUAUUCAUUCAUUACAGAAGUAUACAUGUGUAGAACCUGAAACUAGUCCUUUAGUAAUAAAAGAAUCUUUAGAUUCUUGUGAUUUAUUGUCUUCCACAGAUUUAAUAUCAUGUAAUACGGAUACAACACUGCAGUGUAUUGAACAAACAGAUGAAAGUUCUUUAAGACAAAAAAAUUCUCAGGAAAACAUGCAAUACAGUUGUGAAGAAAAACAAAAUCAUGUUAUGAAAUGUAGAACAGAAAUUAGUGGUCAUCCACAAUCCAGAUCACCUAAACAGAUAUUAAAAUGUAAAAAGAAAAUUGAAAUAAAGAAAAAAGAAAAACAAUUAUUUUCAUCUAUUGUUCAAUCUAAUCAGAAUGAAUUGAGUUUAAGAUGUUCACAAAUUACUAUUGUUAAUCCUUUGGAUUAUCAAGAUGUGCAAAAUACACAUGAAUCAUCACUAUCGACAUUUCACAUGUCAUAUUGUCAAACAUCGCCUAAAAAUGGAAAGAAACAACUAAAAUGUGCAAAUGUUCAACAAUUAAAGCGUAUGUCUCAACAGAAGCAACAAAUAGUAUUAAAUUUUCAUGAAGAUUCUAUGGUGAAUUCAAUCUACAAGGAAGAUUCUAAAUUACAAAAUCUCCAGUGCAUCAUGGAAGAUAAUAUCUCAGAAGAUUCAAGAAUGUUAAAUGUACCAGAAAAAUCAUAUGUAACUGAAGAUAAAUCUCAUUUCAAAAUAUCAAAAAGAAAUAUGAACAUUGAUACUGAUAUUACAAAAGCAAAUUUUAUAACAGAUAAAGACAUAACUGAAAUUUCAAAUAAUAUAAAGUCUGCUAAGUGGACAUCACAGAAUAUAAAUGUACAGCCAUCAAAUUCUAUUAAAGAACAAGAAAUUUUAGAUGAAGAUAUACCUUUGAAGAAAAGAAAAUUAACUUCAAAAUUUUCAUCAACUGUAAAUACAAAUACAAGUGUUAGUUCUGUAAAUCAGCAAAAAAUGCGAAGAAAGCAAUAUGUUUCUACAAAAAAAGGUGUGAUGUAUACAAAUAAAUUGAAGAAUAUAGUAGCGCAAAAUAAUGAUAAAAUAGAAACAAGUUGUACUGAAACAAUAGAGAAGGUUGAAGCCUCUCCCGUUAAAGGAAUAUUAAAUUACGAGGAGAAACAGAAAUCAUCAGGUGCACUACUCGAAAUUUCAACAAUGCAAAAAAUAUUUGAAUCGCAAAUGAUAUCGAAUUCAUUAAAAUGUACAAAUAUUGCACAAACUGAAUUCUGCGCGCGACCAGAAUUAGAAAUUUGUAAUUUCGACAAAAUAAAAGAGGAUGUAAGAGAAAAUACAUCGAACAUCACUAACAAUAAGGAAUCUAUUUUCGAAUCUUUUUCUAUGAAUGAGAAAGAUAUUUCUAAUGCAAUUAAUGGAACGUGAUUGAAUGAAAAUAUUGGAAAUAAUGAAAUUUCUUAUAUUGAUGCAAACUUUAAGAAGCAGGAUAUAAUAGACGAUAAGUGCGAUAAUAAUAUUCGCAAACAUAUUAAUAAAGAUGUGCCCUAUGUAUUUAACGAAGUAUUUGGUGUGUCAUCGCAGAUAAUAAUAAUAAUAUUCAAAAGGAUGUAAUAAUUUACAUAAAGUGACAGAUACUCAUCAACCAUUUUACUAUUGAUCUAUAAAAAUUGUAUUGGCAGUAUAGAAUUAUAUGUGUUAUAUCAUAUGUAUUGUACAUCAGUAUUAUGUAAUUUACAAAUUAAUGUACACAAUUUUCCUUCAUUCGCACGCCAAAUUUAGUAGCCCAUGUAAAAGGUUAUGUUGUUGCUAAAUUGCACUACUAUAUUGUCGCACAUUGCAAGCAGUGUAUACGUCUGGAGAUGUACCAGAAUAAUUCCUAUUUUUUCCCAGUGCACUCAUCAAUACAAAAACCUUAUCAAUUAUUGUGUAAAAUGGAAAAAUUCCUUUACAAAAUAAAAUAUUGGUGGCGCUUGAAGUACAGUAUGACUUGGAAAGAAUGUUUAAAGAAGAUACGAAAAAUAAGUUGCCCUUUUAAAAAAGACAUGCUAUAGCUUAUGGAAAAAUGUCAAUGAAAGUUGAAAAAAUUGACAGUUAUUCAGCUAUACCUAAGAUAGAUUGUAGCUGCUGUAAAAGAGUUACACAGCACACGAAAGAAGUCCGAUGAAAUUGUUAAAUCCGAAUACGAACAAUCUCUUGUGAAAAGAAAGAACUGCAUGGUGAUUAUUACUGCAGUUUGCAUUUGAUAGAAAGAAGUUAUAAUAAAGACGUACACGUUGCCAGUUCGCAUCAGAAUCUCGCGAAAGAAAGACUAAAGCUCACUGUCCACAAAUCGCUAUAUUUGUUUAUAGUUGCAACAUACGCCUCUCUACUGACAGUGUUAACGUCAGUCGUCAUUACGAAAAUGAUUCGCUUCCUUUUUUUGGACAAAUGUACGUUACUUUACAAUGACUGCUGCAUGGAUGCAUGGAUGCAUGGAUGUUAACAUCAACACAUAUAUGAAGCUACACUUUGUAGACAGUGGGUGUAAGAAUGCCAAUUUCGAUCGACAAAGCAUCAAACUGAUAAUAUCGUAUUAUCAAGAAUCUCCAGAGAACAGUUAAAACAUCCACGCGACGGAAAAAAAUCAAUCGUUUAAACUGACUUAACAAAGAACUGAUGGAGUAAGAAGGAACGUACAAAAGAGUAAAGAAGAAAUAAUCGCCUCCACGGGAAGAAAGAAGGAAGAAUGGAACGUUCCUGAAGUAAAUUAUUCUUACACCGAUGCUGAUUCAGAAUGGAGUCCGUCCGGUGAGUCAAAACGCAAAUGGAGAAAGGUUAGUCGAUGAUCGAUAUUAUGGAAAUUCACUACUGUAAGAAAUUUUUCUGAGAUAUAAAUAAUCAACUGUACAUUAUUCCAUAAGACUGUGGGAUCGUAAAAGGGUCCUUACGUGAUAGCGCGCGCACGCGCGCGUGUGUGUGUGUGUGUCUGUGUGUAUGCAUGCAUAUUGCCAAUAUUUCAGACUUCUCAACAUUAUUGUGCAUGUAAAGAGAUCCUUAAAUAAUCAAUAUACAUAUAUUAACUCUUUGAGGACGGGGCCAGCGUCACUGUGGACGAGAGGUAUUGGCACAGUUGAGAAAAUAUACAUGUUGGACGUUUGCAUUAUUCAUUGUCGAGGCUUGUAUUAUUUUCAUCAAUAUUUAGUUCAUCAUCACUGUCACUAUUAUUAGAAAUAUUGAAACGUCUGAGCCGAUUCCUUGUUGAACGGAGUUCGUUUCCAUUGUCUGAAGCACUGUCGUCACCUUCUAUCUUGUCAGGUUCAAAAUAAUGUUCAUCAUCACUACCAUUACUAUCGAACAUGUUCUUUCUGGAACUUUGAGGCAUCCUGUAUAAGGUAUUAUAAAAAAUAUAUAAAUUAUAUAAAAAGCUUUCUGAUUCAUCUGGCAGUGCCAUUGAAAGAUUGAAAUUCGUUCUGACUCGACCAUCAUUCUGCAUCGCGAGUUUAAAGAUCUAUAAUUUUUUUUCAUCAAAACCAUAAUAUUAUUUAGUUUACUGUACCCAUACGCAUAAGAUUAUCAUUCGAAAAAAUAGACAUACGCCAGCCACUUCAAAAUAACUGUAUGGAACUGUGAAUAGAUUCGGGCGAUUAUAUACUGACACGCGUCCGCAAGGGAUACAAUAUACAUAUAAUAUCUGAGGAUCUCCUUACAUGCAUAAUAAUAUCGUGUUCAGAACCCUGAAAUAUUGAUAAUUUAUAUAUUGAUCAUUUGAGGGUCCCUUAAGCUUAUAAAUACUGUAUAAAUGAGAAGAUAAAUUAUUGUGGGGAGAUAUUUGCAUAGUGGAAAAGUGUAUAGUACAACAAUCGAAGAUCAACAUUAGUGUAAUUUUUCAAAGAAUCCCAAAGCAACAAUAUGGAGGAUGUUUAGAUAUCAUAGAUCGUACCUGUAUUCUGUUAGACACAGGCAAUUUCAUAUUAAAAGAAUAAGAACUCUUUUAGUGUUUGUAAUUUCCUGUGUGUAAAAUUGAGCAGUAUUAUUCUCCAUUUUAUCUAAUUUCAAUGACUACUUAGUUUUGAUAUAGUCCUAAUAAUUUUAAUUCAGUUGAGAACAUCUAUAAUCAUUUAAUGAAAAAUGUCCUCAUUUAUGAAAAAAUUACCUUUGUAAAAUUACCUAUGUAAAUAUAAUAUUGUAAGCAAAGUUUUAUAACUCUUAUAUAGUAUGUGAAAUAAUUUACAUUAACGAAUAAUUCUGAAUGUAUUAUAUAAAGUAUCAUAAUGUGGCAUAAGUCAAUUUGAUAUUUUGAUGAGAAUUAAUUAAAAACAAUAUUUAUUAAUAUUAAAAUUAGCUGAGAUGCAGAUUUUCUACAAGAUUGUGCAUGCAUGUGUAUAAAAGUCAUAAAGUUUUAUGCAACAAAAUAUAAAUUAUUGUAGCGCAAAAAAUUGCCAUUACUUAAUGUUAAUUACUAUUGACAUUACCUUAAUCUUUUCGACACUGCAAAGUUUUAGAUUUUAUAUUUCUUAAUUUAUAAAAUUAUUUAAAUUUGGAAAAAUAAGAAAACUUACUAUCCAAUUUGUAAAUGUACAUAAAUGUAAAUAAUACAGCAAAGUAUGCUUUCAAAUACAAAGUUUAUGAAAGAAAGCAUUUGAAUGAUCUCUCCAGUAAUAUUUAAAUUAUAAACUUUUUUAAAAAUUUAUUUUGCUAGAUUUUUUGUUAUUAUGUUAGUUUUUUCAAUGUACAAAAUACAUACUAAGGUUUCAACAAAGUUUUUAAGGUUACCAUUUAACCAUUCCUAAAAUUUUGAAGAAACUCUUAUUUUUGUUUACUUUAUACUAAACAUAAUAUUUUACAAAAAUUAUAACUUUUAGAGAAGAUAUGUCAUGCCAAAUACCUUUUUUAAUUAAUUUAAUUUGCAAAGAAUAUAGCAAAGUAUAUUAAAUUGUUAAAAGUCCAAAGUAUGAUUCUAGGCAGUUUAUUUUUUUUUUUUAAAUAAAUAUUAUGUAUAUCAAAAAAUAUUAAUUACAUAUUCAAUUUUGUAAGGUUUGCUUGAAAAGUAUCAUCUAUUGGAAAUUUAUGGUUGACAGUAAUCUUGAAAGCGAUGAAUAUGAGACAAUAUUAAAUUAAUAUGUGAUAUUUUAAUUUUAAAGUAGUUCCAUUUGAUUUGUUAAAUUUUAUACAUCCUAUUAUGUUAAUAAAUUUUAUAAAUUAAUUCUUGUCCUCGUAGAUACAAUCAGAAUUUAUUGUUAGUACAACUUAUAUGCAACUUAUUUUUAGUGCUGAUAGUUUUUAUCAUUAUCUUUAUAUGUUAUAUGUUUAUAAUAUUUAUGAUAAUUUUAAUAUUAAAUAUUGACACUAAACCUACCGACACUUCUUGUAUAUCUAUUCCUAUUGUGCCCGGUCAAAAUGAUCGGUCCUUAAAAAAAAGUUAUUGCUUUUUGUUGCUCAAUAAAUUAGUAUAUGAAUAACUUCCAUAAAAUGACGAUACAAAUUUAUUUUUAUAUAAUUUCAAUUAUAAACUAGGAAAGAGGUAUAUAGUUUCUUUCAUUCCUAUACACCUUAUAUACACGUAAAUACACAUUUUUCUAAAUAUAUAAAUAAUAUAUAAUCGCCUUCACUGCAUUUUUUUUACAAAUUAUUCUGUUCUUGAAUGUACAUUUGCUGCACACAUAUUUUUUGCAUCCCCUAAACAGAUUUUCGUAGUUUUGUAAACUCUACAAUAUUUUACUUGACAAGAUUUUCGUACAUGUAAAUUGGAACUUGUAGUUGUUGAUAUUUUUGCUACAUUUUCUUCUUCCCGCGAUUUUUGAUACGCAGCGCCAAGUUCUCUAACUAACGGGAAUAAAAAUUCCUGCUUUAAAAUUUUUUCUCCCGUUGUUUCCUUAUACAAAACCCAGUCGUUUAUUCCAGCUAGAUCCAGAAUAUUGAAAACACCUAGAGGGGCCAGCUACAACAUUUCGACUUGACAAUGCAUUUUCUUGCCAUUUGGCCAUUUCUUUAGAGAAAUGUCAUAUUCAGAUAGCCUUUAUUUUAGACUGAUUGUAUAAGUUAGGAGAGUAAUACCAUAUUAUCUCAAGCGGUCAAACAGACCGGCGACGGUAAGUAGGAUAGGCUACAUAUAUUUCUUGGAAAAGAGAAAGAGAGAGAGAGAGAGAAGUAAAUACUGAAAAAUACAUUGUAUGCAUAUUUUAAGAAAAGCUGUAUAUUUUGAUGGCGAUGUGAUAAUGUUUAAAUAUGUGAGAGUUGUACAAAAGUUUGAAAACGGUCAAAUUGACCGAUAGUGGUAGGUUUAGUGUUAAUUGCUCGAAAAAUAUAAAAAACAUUUUAUUUGAUAUAACAAUAGUGAUUACUUCUGAAACAAACCUUACUAAGUUUUAAGUUUGUCAUCUUAGUUUUAUGUAGGAGUAAUUAAAAUAAAAAGGAAGUAUUUUUCAGAAGAAAUUUAUUGUCAACUAUUGAAGUUACAUAUUAGUUUUUAUAAGAUAUAAAAAUUACAUAAGCAAGUAGUCUAAUAGUAUAUAAGUAAUUUAACAUAUCUAGUAUUUAUUAGUUACUUUUAUAUUAAAAAAUACGUUUCAUUUUUGUUUUUUUUUCUUCCCAAAGUACAAGAAUUAUACAAAAAGACUUAAUUUUUAGUAUUUUCGAAAUAUUAUUAAAAUAGUAAUUAAUUGUUACUUUUCUAAUAAAGCAGUGUGUAUUUUAUGUUAAAAAUUAAACACAAAAUAAAAUUGUUUAUGCGGAUUUGUAUUUUGUGUGUUUAUGUAAGAGAUAUUUCUAUUUUACUUAAAUUGUUUUAUGUAUUGUUUGCAAGUAUUAUAUUUAGCAAAUUAAGUCACAUUAUUGUAUGGUACUAUUUGACCUUAAUAAUGCAAGCUUUUAACCAUGCGCCAUUCCAUUUGAUUGCCUAAAUAGAAUUAUAAAGAACUAUGAUAAUUAUUCUUAGUCAGUUUCUAAAUUAUAAAUUAUUCGAGAUCAUUACUUUUACACAUAUUAUAUUCGUCAUGUAAUUGAAAUACUUUUUUAAUUCAACUAAGAGAAAUUCAAUUAAGAAUAAAAAAUUAUUUAUCUGCAAUAUAUGUAAAAGUAAGAUAACGAAUUAUUUUGUAUCCCAAAAUCGUAAAUGAUACUGCGUAGACAUUGACAAAGGUGUGAACAACCUUUGCUAUUUUGUAGAAAAUUGUAUUUUCGUUUAAAUAUUUAAGAACUGAAUUUUAGAAAUAUGUAUGAAAGAUUGCUUAUAUAUUUCAAACCAUACAACAUGUCACUAAACGGCGUAUAGAAUAAAAUAAAAGUAUAGACAUACUUAUAUGACAGAAAAGAAUAUUUAUUUAUAAAUUCACGAAAUGUAAUUGAACGGUUCUUCUAUAAUUACAUUGUAAAUUUAUAACUUUGUAAAUUUGUUUUCUUCCUAAUAUAAUUUUUCCAAACUUAUGCACACCUAGCAAAAUUGGGCAUACUAAAUCCAUGUUUUAUAAAAUACAGCAAAAAGUAUUGUACUACAGUUUAAGUUCGAUUGCUGAAAAGAAAUAGUGAAAUAAAUUAA